CGCCCUGAUGACGUCACGCGGAGCUUAGAGAGAAGAUGGCGGCGAGGAGACAACUCGGAUCUUUGUAAAAAAAAAAUACAGUUCCACGAGCAGGGUGAAAAGUCACCCCUUCUCGCUUGCCUGGGCGAUCAUGCAGAACCCCGGCUUCACUGGCUUUUCAUUUGGCAUUGCCAACUCGUCAAGCCAGCCUCCUCCACCGCCCCUGACAAGUCAGCCAAGCUUCGAGUCUUUUGGCCAAAGAAGUUCCUUACCAUUCAACGCCCUCUCCAAUCAUGGAACCGCCUCACAUCCGUCAACGUUCGUUCAGCAGCCACCAGCCUUUAGCCAGUCGAGUAAUAAUUUUUCUCAGCAGAGCAGCGCGUUUCAGCAGCCUUCCAACGCGAUCUUUGGUCAGAGCAAUACUGGAGUCUCCUUCUUUCAGCCGGCAGUCCCGUCCUUUGGUCAAACAAGAGCCCCCCCGGCUUUUGGUCAGACCUCGGGAUCCAGCGUCGCCACGAGACAAUCUGUUGGCUCUGGGCUUAAUGGACGUUUAGGAGGAGAUGGCAUGAACGCGGGUCAGAGUGCAUUCUUCGGCCAGCCCUCAAGCCAGGCAAGGCUCGGUGGUUCAUUGUUUAAUGCACCACCGAGUCAAGGCUUUAGUCCUUUAAGGAUGAGCUCUAAUAGUCUGUUAGGUGCAAAUAGCUCUCGACAAGCUGGAAUCGGUAAUGCUAGUAGCUCAACAUUUUCCAGCCCGUCCCGAAAUACAUUUUUUCAGUCCUCGGUUGACACUGCUUCACAACUUCCAUCCACCAGAGUUGGUCAGUCCGGAGGUGUGAGCUAUCAACAAACGGGCAAAUUAAAUUUCGGCCAGCCUUUUGAUGAGAGUAAAAAAACGAUCCCCAACAUCACCUUGCAACGUUUCGUGGUGAACAACGAACAGCCGUCUCCGAACAAAGGAUCUGACCAUCCGCCCACCGGUUCUGGAUUCGCGAGGUCAACUAACAUGGCCAAACCUUUUGACAUUGCCCCAGAGGGUUUUGGCUCGUCUGCACGCUUCGGUAUUGAAGUGUCCGUGAACCAGGAAACCGGUUCCAGGCAGCCUCUGGUUGCCUCCAGAGGAUUAGGAGCAAUGCCUUUCAGUUUUAGCAAACCAGAUGAACACAAAUCGCACCACGUAUCAGAAGCUUCUGAGAGGAAAAUUGCAGAUGCGGCGCCUGACACCGCUACGUUUAGAUUUACAAAUCCAAAUACAUCAAACGCCAGCAGUGGUGGAGCUACAGGUUUCACAUUUAACCAUCCUGAUUCCAACAGCUUAUUAUUUGGUGCAAGGAAGGAGGAGGAGAAAGGUACCGGACUCCCGUCAAACAAAGAACGUUUCGCGGAACAGAAUUUGUCCAAAACCGAACAGUACAGCGCUGAACCAUUCCCGAAGAGUGACCGCGAGAGCGGAUCUGCGUCCGGAACGUUGUUUGGCGCGUCUAAAGACAGGAGGUUCGAGGAGAGGAAGCGAUCUCCCCAGGGUAAGGAGAAGAGCGACAAACCUCCGCUGAAGAGGACGGGGCGCAUGGCUCAGAGGGGGGGGAACCUCUUUAGCCGUGCUUUGCAGGACGCUUGCCAGGGCAACAAGAGAGAAAGGCCGUCGAAGAGACCGCUUGAUUAUGACGACAGAGACAAGAGUCGUGCAGAUAAAGCUGAACCCUCCACCUCGCGGGAGCACGCUGAGGUACCCGGGACAAAGAGGGGUGCAAGAAAGCAUCAGGGUUACGAGAAAUUGAGGGUGGACGAAGACAAACCGUUGGCGCAUCGCCACGCAGAGCGGGAGUUGACGAGGAUGAGAAGCAGGGAACCAAAACCAGGGAAAAAAGGCAACACAAAGGACUCAAGCCUCGCGGUCGUAUUGACAAAGCAACAAGUGGGGAGCGCUGCGAAGGACGUUGAAGACUCUGCGGCUAAUGUAAGCGGAGCAAGAAAAUUCCAGGCAGAGAAAAUAAAAAAGGACUCCGUUUCGCCUCGUCAUGACGUCGCAGAGGAGUCAAAAAAGACGAGGAUGGAGGCUUCACAUCGGAGAACGCGAAGAGGGUCUGUGAAAAAUCUGCUUAUCAAGAAAGUUAGUUCUGAGAGUCCUCCAUUGAACGUGGCCUCGCCAUCACCAUCGUCCUCGCAACUGUGCUCCAUUGUGUGCAAGCACGUUCCCCCCGAGCGGAACACGCGAGACGCCGUGCGGGCGUGGUUCGGCAAAGUGCGUCGCAUCACCUGCCACCCGCAGAAGCAACAGGCCAUCGUGCACUUUGAAGAUCACGCCAUGGCCAGCGCUGCUCUCCGGAAAGGUUGGAAAGUUGGAGGAAAGGAAGUGUCUCUCUAUUGGUAUCGCCGACGAUCAGGCUCUAUCUCCAAGUCGCCCGUGGAGCCAACUGAAGACAUCGAAGCAGGCUUCAGGCAAGUAUCCGCAACAGUUUUCCAAGCAGAGGAGGCCUCCUGCAGAGCGGAAGAGGCGAGCGGCGUUGCGCCAUCCACACACCUCGCCACGCGGGAAUCCGCCAAGACCAGGUCUCCGUCAAAACGAUUGGAGCCGCUACGAGACGCCGCCACUGAGAGUGUGGAGCUCCCGGUGAAGAUGUCACGGGGAGGGGGAGCAACCAAGGAGGAGUUCACCAGCGUGCCGCUUGCCCAUCUCAAGGGCUCCGCUGCCGGCAAUUCCGAGGAGAGGUACCAGUUGCUGGAGUUGAGAGACAAGCAAAUGCGACAAGCCCGGACACGACGCACUGAACUGGAGAAGGCCAAGGCGAUCGUGGGGACAUGUUCGGACAUGUGUCCUGAGAAGGAGCGGUACUUGAGGGAGAUAAGGAAACAGCUCAGCAUUUAUGAAGUGAUCCCUGGCACUGACAAGGUGAACCACGCGGCGGUGAUCAAGGAGUACAGUCGCUCGUCGGCGGACCAGGAGGAGCCUCUGCCGCACGAGUUGCGGCCGCCGCACGUGCUCGACAUGACGAUGCAGUACCUCGUGAGCAGCGUGAUGCACGUUGGGGAGGAUAACUGGGCCGAGUGGUACGACUUUGUGUGGAAUCGCACGCGAGGAAUCCGCAAGGAUAUCACGCAGCAGCACCUGUGUGAACCCAUCUCGGUGUCCCUGAUCGAGAAGUGCACCCGGUUCCACGUGCUCUGCGCACACCACCUCUGCCAGCAGCCCAUGGCCACGUUUGAGCCCAAGAUAAACAACGAGAACCUGACCAAAUGUCUGCAGAGUCUGAAGGAGAUGUACCAGGACCUGGCCAAUAAGGGGAUUUACUGUCCCGGAGAGCCAGAGUUCCGAGGGUACAGUGUGCUGCUCAACCUCAACCAUGGAGACAUCCUCAGAGAGGUGCAACAGUUUCGAGAGGAAAUAAGAAAUUCUCCACCGGUGAAGUUUGCCGUGCAAGUGUUUGCAGCGCUCAACAGUAACAACUUCGUUCGGUUCUUCAAGUUGGUGAAGUCUGCCUCCUACCUGAACGCUUGCCUACUGCACAGAUACUUCACCCAGGUCCGUCGCGACGCACUGAAGGCCCUCAACGUGGCGUUCACGGUGCCACAGCGGAGCGCCAGCUUCCCGCUCCAGCAGAUGAUGCGCAUGCUGCUCUUCACGAGCGAGAAGGAAGCUGCCGAGUUCUUCUCACACUAUGGCCUCAAUGUGAACGAUGAGACUGUGGAGUUGAAUCGCUCGUCGUUCAUCGAGCCCGAGUGCACCCUGUCGAUGAGGAAGUCGUCCUCCAUCGAGGGCAAGCUCACGACGUUGCUGGGAGAGGUGGUGAACGGGGCGCCGCUCGGCGCAGCUCCACGGCACGUGCCCAGCAGCAGCUUCGACCUCCAGGGACAGUAUGCGGGCGACCUCUCCGCUGAAGAUCCCAAGGAUACCCCUGUGUUCGGAAAGCCUACAGAGAGAGGAGCUCUGCUCGUAGAGGAUAUGGAGUUCACCUACACCCCCGCGGCCUGUAGCCCAAAACGUACUCCUGCCACCGUUCAGUCGGCACCAGCGGAGAGGGCGACGGUGAGCCUGGGCACCGCUGCGGCCUCCUCGCACAAGGCCGUUUCUCCCGUGGAGAUUGCGCCGGCGGUCUUGACACAAGCGUGCGCUCCCACGUCCUCGGAGCCUCCUGAGCGCGCGUCUUCUCACGCGCCACCUGUCGAGCAAGAUGCGCCCGACGCCGCCACUUCACUCCCGGCGUUCUCUCCGGAGCCUCAGCGUCCCCGUGAGUUAGCGGAGCCUCCUCCGUUGCCGGGUGGCGAGGGUGGCAUGUUGGUCCAGAGCCGAGGCUCUUUGGCGGACGCCGUGGCCCUGAUACCGGCGCUCGCUCCCCCCCAGCGGCCGUCGGUUGCCGCGGCCGGCCCGUCUAGGGUUGCCGCGGCCGUGCCGUUGCCGCCCGCUCUUCCGCCCGCUCCUCCGCCCGCUCUUCCGCCCGCCGCCGCUCCUCCGCCCAUCGCCAUUCCUCCACCCGCCGCUGCUCCUGCUGCCCCCGUCGCUGCCGCUGCUCGGCCUCCUGCGCUCAUUGACGAGCAGGUCGUGGAGUCCGUGUGGGGGGAGCUGCUGCUCUCCGUGGUGCCCCAGCUCAGCGGGGAGCUCGCCGUGGAGGUGAUGCGCCACUUCAGCCUCGCAUAUGGGUGCGCAGAGGGCAUUGCCAGCGCGCUCACUGAAGACGUCACGCUGGAAGCCGUGCGGGAGCUCGGCAGUGCAUGCAUCGCCGAGGAGAAACAGAAAAUCUUACAAGAGCGGCUGCGUGCCGAGGUGCGGGAGCACGCUGCGCUGGCCAUCUGCCACGAACUCGCCGAGGAGGUGGCGUCCGCUGUGCUCUCCGAGAUCGCGGCCACGCAGCUCCGUCUCGCCGAAGAGCAGAUGCUGAGGGAGCGGAUCUCGCGCUGCGGUGAAGAGGUCGGCGGCUUGCUGGAACAGGUCGUGGCUGAAGAGGUGUCAGAGCUCGUCACUCGGCUGCAGCGGGAGGCACGAGAACGGGCUCGCAGCCUCGCCCUGGCAGCGGCCGCCGUGUCGCUGUCUCGUACCAGGCAGUACUUCCACAGGUGGAGCACGAGGCUGGCCGCCAGGAAGCGCCUGCGGAGGUCCAUGCUGACCUUCCCGGCGGCGCCGGCCUACUGCGCAUCGGCCUUCCACCACAGCCACUUCCCGCUGGCGGAGCGCGAGGGCGGCACGGAGCCGCGCGAUCACAUCGACACGGGCAGCUUAUUCGCGCUCAGGAAGCACGUCACUCAUCAAAUCAACGUGCAAAGCAUCUACCGGAAACUACUCGGGGAGGCUGUGUGGGCCCCGCUGGACCUCGCCCAGCUGCUGGUGAGCAGCGUGCCCAGCCCACAGCCGGCUCUCUACUGGAAGAUGCUGCUCGUGCUGCCUCCAAGCGGAGCAAGGUCAAAACAGGACAGGCUGUUGUGCCGAUGGCUGAAGAUCAAGUUUCAGCGUGGCAAUGUGGACACAAAUCACCGGGUCGCGGGGACUGAGGAGGAGUUUGAGGAGGAGGAAUGUCUGAAGACUCUGUCGCUCUAUACCGUGCGCUGCCCACCGGGGAGCACAUCGGCAAGCAGCUUUGAUGCCGCGAAUGGAGAAGACUCAAUGAACUUGGAACAGGAAGACCGGGCAUCCAGUCUCCGAAACGCGGUGCCAGCGCACGUGUGCGUACGGCUGAUGGAGAGAACGCUGAGCGCGACGGAAGCAAAGCGAGCGGAGGAGAGCCGGGCCCUCUUGGGAACGAGCGCAGUGCUGCUGCUGCUCCCGGAGCCCGAGGCUGCAAGAGGGCUCCACCGCGGCGUCGGUGCGCCCGGCAUGUCCGCGCCCGCGUGGCCCCGCGCCACCCCGGGUGAAGAGUACUGGGAAAGCGGGCGGCUGCAGCUGGCGCAGGCUCUGGAGGGCGGCGCGCGGUGGCCGCCCACGCCCGUGGCCGUGCUCGUGCCGCACACGGCGCGGACGCUGGACACCCGGCAGGUUGAGCACGGAUUGAGUUUGAAGGAGCUGGUUGCCAAUCGGAGGAUCAGCGACUACAGUAUCGUGCACAUGACUGAAGACGCUACCUUCCUUAAAACCAACCAAUCGCUCAAAGAGGCCGUGCGCUGGCUCGCGUCCCGCUGCCCCGCGCCGCCGCCUCUCUGCUGCGACUCGGUGCGCGGCUUCCUGGAGGAGGGUGUCUGCCGAGAGUUUGGGAGCCGUUUCUACCCGGACCAGGCCGCCCGCCGCCGGGCCCAAGUGGGGCCACAGUCUCCCCGGGUCAUCGUGGAACUGUACAACGGCAUCAUCCGCCACCUGGCGGCCGUGGCCUGCUCCGCGAGCCUGGCCGCGCUGUCCUGGCCGCCAGCGGAGUUCUCCCGGGGAUCGCGCGCCGAGGCCCUGCCGCCCCACCUGGGCUGGAACUCGCCGCGGCACCUGAGGUGGCUCGAGACCGUCCUCCUGGGGUUCCAGCUGCCGCCGCCCCCGCAAGAAGCCGAUUGGUCGACUGUCGACGACGCCCUAGAGAAAUACGUGCCACGCGUGGCUUCCGUCGAGUCCCGGCCAGUGCUGUUGUCAAACCUGGCGCGGAUUCUGAAGAGAGCCGCCGGCGCGGAGAGGGACGCGAACCGCGGUGCGUGUGGGGGAGAGGAGGAGGACGAGGAGGACGAGGAGGAGGACGAGGAGGAGGAGCGGCGCCUCGGAGCGCGCUGUGCCGUGCCGUGGGACGAGCUGCUCGAAUGCUGCGUCGGACACAAGUUGUCCGAGUGCUUCAUCGAGAUGGAACACGUCUCUCCAGACGCGCUGUGCGAAGGCGGCGACGUGCUGGUCUACUACCUCGAGCGCGACCUCCACAGCUACCGGCCCCCGGCCUCGUGGGAGGAAGCGCAGGCAGCCACGCUGAGGGCCGCUCGAUCACAGCAGGGUGCGGACGUCGGGCAGCAGCAGCGGUGGCGGCGGCCCGUCCACUUUGCCGUGGUGGACGGUGCCGCGGCGCUGCUGCCGGAGUCGCUCACUGAGGAGCUGCAGGAGGCGCUGCAGCGCGAGCGCGAGGACAACGCCAGCUUUGAGCGGCAGCUCUCAGCGUGGCUCUGCGGUCCCCCCGAGAUGUCGGCAAGCUCGCUCACCUGCACCCCCGCUAAAGCAAAGCUGCUGCCGCAAGAGAACUGGGAGGUGGAUUUGGAGGAGCCCCAGGAGGAGGAGGUGGUGGGGGUGGAGGCGUGGGUGAGGGACCCAUCUGAGUCGCUCUCCCGGGGCAUCUCUCGUCUCAGGCGGAAGAUCCGCGCCGGGAAAGCGGCCGAUCGCUGCUACGAGCGUUACUUGCGCAGCCUCUUGGAAGCGGACGCGUAGACUCGUUUAGCCGUCACAGCGCGGGGAGACCGAUUCCACUUCCUCCACGGUGGCCGAGUUUUAACAAGUGACGUUUUUAUAUGUUUAUUUUCGUUGUUGUUACAGAAUACUUCGUUAGUUGCGAGUGGGGGGGAGUGGGGGGGGAAAACCUCUGAUCAUGAUGCGAAUGUUGUCACGGCUUGACGACCGCAAGAUCACGGUUCGCGAGGAAGCUCGCUUCAGCUUUUGGUUUGUCUCGCGAGUAAGUUACGGGGCGGUCGCUUUCAAAUCAAGAAACGUCGCCCAUCCGUCCACGCCCAACCGUGUUUUAGCAUUUCAUAAGUGUGCCGUUACAGAUGUAAAACGUUCUCACGUUGCUUUAACCUUUGCCAUUGCAGAAUGUUUUCGUAAUUCAAUAAAGCGCAUUUAUCAAACUGCCGGUGGUGGUG